AGGGCCGUGAGCCGACACCAGGGGGGCCGCGGGGUCGCAUCGCGGCUUUGAGGUCCAGUCGGCCGCCGCCAUGAGCGGCCGGAGUAAGGGGAGAAGGUCCUCCCGCGCCAAAGGCCGUGGCAAGAGCCGCGCCAAAGGCCGAGUCCGCGCCGCGCCUGACGACGCCCCGCGGGACCCGGACCCUCCAGAGUGCCAGAGGCUCGGGGAGGAGACUAUGGCGGCACAGGUGCAGGCUGGCGCGGGUUGGGGUGGCCCGGAAGGCGCUGAGCCCGCGCCGCCCCGCCGGUCCGGGGAAGAGGCUGCCUGCCGGCUGCCCCUAGACUGUGGCCUCGCGCUCCGGGCCCGGGCAGCGGGGACUCUCGGGCAGGCGGUGACCAGGCCAUGCCCGGCCAAGGCCACAUCCGUCCCGGAGCGCCUGUUGACCGACACUGUCUUCGUGGGAACCGUGGGCACCGUGGCGAGGCUGAGAAACGGGCCCCGCGUCGGAAGCCGCCGCGGCCCUGCGGCGAAGAAGACCCCAGAUACCUGUAGUGCGGUGGGGAGGGGGUCUGCGGCCUUGGCCGGGGGGAAGCCGAAGAAAGGGGCCGCGGCGGAGGCCGCCUCCGCCCCCGUGGGCGAGGAGAAGAUUGAGAACGCGGGGUCAGGGCCCCCGGCGACAGAGGGCAGCAUGGAUACGCUGGAGAACGUCCAGCUGAAGCUGGAGACCAUGAACGCCCAGGCGGACCGGGCCUACCUGCGGCUCUCCCGCAAGUUUGGGCAGUUGCGGCUGCACCACCUAGAGCGCAGGAACCUCCUUAUCCAGAAUAUUCCAGGCUUUUGGGGACAGGCCUUUCAGAACCACCCCCAGCUCUCGUCUUUCCUGAACAACCAGGAUAAAGAGGUCCUCAGCUACUUGAAUAGCUUGGAGGUGGAAGAGCUCGGCCUGGCGAGACUGGGCUACAAAAUCAAGUUCUACUUCGGGCGCAACCCCUAUUUCCAAAAUAAGGUGCUCAUCAAGGAAUACGGGUGCGGCCCUUCGGGUCAGGUGGUGUCUCGUUCCACUCCAAUCCAGUGGCUCCCCGGGCACGACCUCCAGACCCUUAGCCAGGGGAACCCCGACAAUAGCCGGAGCUUCUUUGGGUGGUUUUCAAACCACAGCUCCAUCGAGUCUGACAAGAUUGUGGAGAUAAUCAACGAGGAGUUGUGGCCCAAUCCCUUACAAUACUACCUGAUGAGUGAAGGGGCCCGUGCAGAGAAAGGAAAGGAGGGCAGGCUGGGUCCUGCGAGGCCGCCAGGGGAGACCCCGGAGCCUGGGGUAAACAAGUCCAACUGAUCCUGCUCAAGUCUGCGUCCUACCUCUUGCUGGCCUCAUGCCCGGCUGGCCUUGGGUGUUUGGCUGUCUGCCUUCUCUUCGUGUUGGCCUCUGCACACUGUUCCUGUUGGACUUCGGUUACAAGAAUAUGGCAUUUAUGAUCAUGUUCUUUUGCCUCCCCGUGACGUUCUUGCUUUUUCUUUACAUUAGUAUCAUAUGUUACGUGAUCGCGCCCCUCCUGUUUGUGUUAAACUCACUUGAUUCCAGUGUGUGCUGCCUUUCUCUACAUUGCUUGGACCCUGUUCUUGGCCCUGGCCUUUCCCACCUGUCUUUCACAUGGACACUCAUGAGUCAGUCAGCAAGAGGACCAGCGCAUCCUCAGGCUCUGCUGCUUCAGGGCCGGUGACUUGCCGGGCUUCGAGUUCAUGCCAGCCAUGCAUGCCAUCUGUGGCAGGCUUUUCGAUUGCCACUGCAGAAUGAAGCUAGCGCACAUGGCAUUGGCCAUCAGCCUAAACUGAUUGUCUCUUGGCUCUGGGGUUACCAGCCAAGGUGCCACCUGCAAGAUCUCUGGCUUUGGCCAGGGACCCAUGCUGCCCUCCUAGACACGGGUUGAGAUUCAGGGUGAGAUUUGCUGUGGUUUCUGUACUGUUUGGCAUCUCUUCCUGCCUCUGGGCCUUUCUCCUUCCUGGUAAACCUUUGUCAAGGUCUGCAUCAUACCUCAUCACUGUCAGGCCAUUGAGUUUUGUCUAGGUUGCCAGUCGGCCCCAAUUGGCUUCCUGGGCAACAAGGACCUUGAGAACUGCCUGUGGACACAGGCCCUCUGCCGGUGCAUGAGACACACACCUACCCUCUCCAGCCUUCCAGGAUCCCUGCUGGCUGCCGGACUGAUGGGCAGGCUGGUACGUGUGGACAUGUGCUCACUGUCGUCAAGCUGUGGCUCCAGACACACACAGAAGUGGAGAGACCGCAUGUGCCGUCACCUAGCUACAUCAUUUAUCAGUUAUGGUCAACGCAGUUUCAUCUGCAUCUCCGUCUCCCCGCCUGUAUUGUUUAUCGAAAGUUCAAGACACUGUGCCAGUUCAACUGGGACCACUUUGGGAGACUGAGACACUCUGCUGGUGGUGAUCGUGGUGGGGUGCACUCGUAACUAUCAUAUCAGGUCUGCUUUUUGCUUUUCAUGUUAACUAAUGACGUUCCAGAGAUGGGCCUUCGAAAUGAAAGUCUUCAGAAUUGACAAGAAGUAUAAAAAAUAAUGAAGCUGCCUUUUCCCUGUGUCCACAAGAGCAAAGAGAGACUGCUCUGUUGUAAACUCUUUCAAAGACUUAUCUAUCAGUCUUUGAUAAGGUGCUUACUUGAGACCUUUCAUCAGAAUAACAGUCUUUUUUUCCCCCUGUAAUAUGGAGACUAUUACAAUUAUCAGCGUGUCCUGGUCUCAUGAUAUAACUCUGAACUUGAAAGUAAAGUAUAAUUUGAAAAUUGUUGCUGUGUUCUGUGAAAAUAACCUCCCAAAAGUAAUCAGUAACCGGUUGUCUUGGUAAUUUGGCACUCUGGUAAUAAUGCAAUUAUUUCUCUGUUUGAAAUAGUAUAAAUAGCGGUAACCUUGCAUGUGUGAUGGAAACAAUAAAAGCUUGUAUCUCUGUUAUAUUUUAUUAUUUUUAAAAAAGAAUUGUAAGGUUAAGCAGAGGCUGGGUAGUUGACGGCAUGUAUACUGUGGUAUACAUGAGUGAUUCCUAAGCCUCAGGCCCUUGUGUGACUAGCUCUAUAACAAUAUAUAAAAUUGUGAUUCCCAAGCCCUUAUCAGAGAUUGAGAUCCUGUGGUUCUGGGAAGAAGCCAGGCAGUCUUGUUUUUAGCAAGCUUUCCAAGUAAUUCUAGUGCAAAGCUUCUCAAAUUUUAGAGUUCCUCUGAAUCGUGUGGGGAAUCCUGUUAAAACACGAAUUCCGGUGCAGCAGUCUGGAGUGGAAGUUGAGAUUCUGCGUUUCUAACGAACUUCCGGGCAGUGCUGGUGCUGGUGGUGUGUGAGCUGUGCUUGGAGUAGCAAAGGCGGUGACUUCAAGGGCCUUUCAGACUCGAGGAACAGCACUCGGUCUUGGUUACACGUCACUUAUGUGGGAAGCUUAAAUGCACACACACUGGCAGAGCUCACAAAUACCAGCUGAAUCAGAAUGGGGAAAGGGAUUGAUCGGGGUGUAGAUACUUAUUCUGAAAACAUUCCAGGUGAG